AUGUCCGAAGACGACCGUCUGGUCGUGAUUCGCUUCGGCCGCGACUGGGAUCCUGAUUGCAUGCGACAAGAUGAGAUGCUGUAUCGCAUUGCGGACAAGGUCAAGAACUUUGCAGUCAUCUAUCUUUGCGAUAUUGAUGAAGUCCCUGAUUUCAACAAGAUGUACGAGCUUUACGAUCCCUUGACAAUCAUGUUUUUCUUCAGAAAUAAGCAUAUGAUGUGCGAUUUUGGAACCGGGAACAACAACAAAAUGAAUUGGGUACUGGAGGAUAAGCAGGAACUAAUCGAUAUUAUCGAGACUAUCUAUAAGGGAGCAAGAAAAGGAAGAGGUCUCGUCGUCAGCCCGAAGGACUACAGUACAAGAUACCGCUAUUAG